AUGAUCAAAGCAGUAGCCAUAGCCUCUCUUUAUUCCGAGCCUUCUUCCAUCCAAUUACACAUUACGAACUAUGUUAAAGUUGUACUUUUUCGUGCACACGUACUGAAAUGAUAUCUUCUAACAGGUGUGCACGUAGAUUUCUCAAUUUUAAUGGAAUUUCUACCAAAAUUACAAAAAACGACAAUGAAAAUGAAAAUCAAUCAAAUAAACUUGAGCAAUUUCAUGACAAAGUUUUUAAACCAAAUAAGAAAAGAAGUUUAUUAGUACCACCAAACACUAUAAAAGAAAGACACUUACAAGAGUGUAAUAAGAAAAUGAUUAGACAAUCAAUGAUAUGUACGACAAAAAAAGUGGAUGAAAUAAAUAUUGAUUCUAAGAAUGAAAAUCAAAUCACAGGUGAAUCAAUAUUAAAUGUUAAUAUUGAUUCUGCAGCAUCCAUUGAGAGUAAGCAAAAAUAUAAUGAUCAGAAAAUUAUUCGAUCUUCUGAUCAUUUGAAAUCAAAGUCUAUUGGCAAUCUUACACAACAUUUUGAAACAUCACAUGUAACACCAAAAAUUUCAAGUUUCUCUAAAUCUCCUCAGCAGAUAAAUAAUGAGGAUCAGGUAUUUAUACAAAAUAAUUCAAUACAUGAGAAAUUUAUACCAAACAAGAAUACUUCGAAGUCUAACAUAUUUUCAAAAUCAAAAGAAACAGAUGAUUGUAUUCAAAAUUUAUGUAAUAACUUACAGGAUACAAUGUUAGUAACCUCUGAAAAUAUGGAACAUAAAUCAUCUGAGAUGAUUUAUAUAAGUAGAGAUAAAAUUAAUCGUUUGGAACGAGAUUUAAAAGAUUUGUUAACAGAAACGGAAGAAAAUGUAAUUAAAAUAAGAUCAAUGUUAACACAUAUUGUAGGAUUAUUUGAUAAAAAAAUUACUUCUAAUAUUCAGUUAAGAAAAGCAAAUAAUACUAUGAUAGACAAAGAAAUUCAAGUAGAAACUUGUUGUAAAUCAGCACAGUAUUCAGAAAAAAAAAUGCCACAAAUUAUAGUAACUGAUAAUGUUGACAAUAAAGAAAAUGAUAGAGAUUGGAGUAUGAAAAAAGUGUCUGAUAAUACAGCAGAUGGAAGUUUCUUAGAAUUAGAAAAUCAACUUAACAUUACACAUGCAAAACCUAUGGAAAAUGACUUCCAAUUAAAAACACCUAAAAUUACAAAAAAAUGUAAACAAAAACGACCACUUAGGGAAUACAUGGCUUUAAAAUCAAAUAUGAAUUUUUUAGAAACUCCAGAUGGUAAAAAGUUCAGAUCUCUAUGCCAGAUAGAUAAUGUGGACAAAUCUGUCCUUAAUGCAACAUAUAUAUCAAAUAAAUUGCUCACAGAUCUUCAAAAUUUAUACUCUGAAUCACCAGAUUCUUGA